UUAGGGAGGGGUGUGUGUUAGUGUGUGUGUCUGAGAGAAUGUGUGUGUGUGUGUGUGUGUUUGUAUGUGUGUGUAUAUAUAAAUAAGUAAAGCAGCUGCAAGCAGACUCGGAUCAGAAGCAGCACAGGGAUGAGGUGAACACACGAUACACUCUCUCUCACACACACACCUGAAGCUGCAGCCUGUGGAGUCCCCCCUGAGCUUUCGAGAUCUGAAGGAGGACGUGAACGAUCAGUUUAUGAAUGGCACAGUCAGUCAGCGGACGUCCACUCACCUGCCAGCAGAAAGCUGGAGGUAUUAGAGGGAUCUGUGGUCUUCUACACUGUUUUAUCUGAGCCACAGGGAUGACGGGACAGACACCUGCCAUCCCUCCAUGUCUGAUGGACCUCCCUACUGGACACGCAGUGAGCUGAAGUGACCUGCGGCUUUCCUCGGCUGUCCCCUUCAUCACGACCCUCUGGAUGUGCUCUUGAUGUAUUGCUGUGGUCUGGGACACUGGCGGAGAGUACAGUCCACCUACGGUUCGGCGGACCGUCAGGACUCAGGAGCCACUGAGGAGAAGGAGAAGAAUGCUCAGGUCCAGUUGGACAAGGCCAAGUUCAAGCCUGUUGCGUUCGCUGUGCGCACAAACUACACCUACACUCCUGCCGAUGACGACAAUGUUCCAAUACCUGGACAUGGGGUUUCCUUUGAGGCUAAAGACUUCCUGCACGUCAAAGAGAAGUUCAACAAUGACUGGUGGAUUGGGCGACCGGUGAAGGAGGGAGGGGAGGUGGGUUUCAUCCCCAGUCCGGUUAACCUGGAGACCAUUCUCAUCAGAAGAGAGGUGCAAGCCAGGAAGGCGGCCAAAGCCCUGGCCAACAAAGCAGCAAGUGCUGCCAAAGAUGAUAUGAACGCGAAGAAAGUUACUCCUCCGACGACAGUUCAGCAAGUAAAAAAGAAAUCGGGGGAGCAACUGGCUGCAUAUGACGUUGUGCCUUCCAUGCGCCCCGUGGUGCUGAUGGGGCCUUCCCUCAAGGGCUAUGAGGUUACAGACAUGAUGCAAAAGGCUCUGUUUGAUUUUUUAAAACACAGAUUUGAAGGCAGAAUAACAAUCACUCGUGUGACAGCAGAUAUUGCUCUGGCUAAACGGUCCAUCUUGAACAACCCCAGCAAACAUGCGAUAAUGGAUCGCUCCAACACUCGCUCCAGUCUUGCCCAGAUCCAAGGUGAGGUGGAGAGGAUCUUUGAGCUGGCCAGAAGUCUGCAGCUGGUGGUCCUGGACGCAGACACAAUAAACCACCCGCUCCAGCUCAGCAAGACAUCCCUGGCCCCAAUCCUUGUCUAUGUCAAGAUUUCAUCCCCAAAGGUGCUCACCAGGUUAAUAAAGACCAGGGGGAAGUCUCAGACCAAACAUCUCAACGUUCAGAUGGUGGCUGCGGAUAAACUUGCCCAGUGUCCUAAUGAAAUCUUUGAUGUCAUCUUAGAUGAGAAUCAGCUUUCAGAUGCCUGUGAGCAUAUAGCUGAAUACCUAGAGGCGUACUGGAGAGCCACCCAUCCUCCAGAGAUGGAGCCAGCCAACCCUUUGGUUGAGAAACUAGCAGAGAACACACUUCCCACCAGCCCAACACCACCUAAGGAUGAACCUAAAAGUAAGAGGACAGCGGCCACCAAGAGGAAAGGCUCCCAGGAGAACCAGCUAGAGGAAGAGCCACCCCAGGCUGAGGAGCCGAGGGAAGUGGAGGAAGAGGAAGAAGAGGCAAGAGAGGAGGAGGAGGAGGAAGAGGCCGUAGAGGAGGAUAAGCUACUUAGAAGUGAGCCAAAGAGACCCCAACAUAGUCACCAUCGUCACCACCACCACCACCGGUCUGGCAUUAAUCGCACCGAGCAACACAACCACCACCAGCCUGCGCACCCCCAGCCCGCGGACAUCGAGCUGAUACCCAAGGACUCCAUGUACGCCGAGCCUCGGAGCCGACGCCUGCUACUGGACGAGGACGAACUGGACCAAAUCGACGUGUACCACAACAGGACUACAGCCCACAGAGAUCACAACCACCAGCACCACAACCACCACCACCACCACCAUCACCGCGGGACCACGGACGUUUACGACGAGCACUCCCCACACGGGCAGGACUAUGAGCUGAAGCACAACGAGCGCAACAGGCAGCACAGACACCAGGCACAGAUACGGUCCCACCACCACGAACGGACUCAUCACAGCCCUCUGGAGCUACAGUCCCAACACGAACAGUCGCUACGCUCCCAUCACGAACAGUUGCUACGCUCCCAUCACGAACAGCCGCUACGCUCGCACCACGAAAAGCACUACAGCCUCCCACAGGCUGUUCACCACAACCACUAUCACUACCCCAGUCGGGAGCGGGACAGGGACAGAAACAGAGACCGGGACAGGGACAGACACAUGGAAGAUGAGAACUGGCCCACAGAUAUGUACAUUCAUCGUUGAUUGAUGAGGGUUUGCACUGUGUCGGUCGAUGCUGCUUUGUGAAUUGUAGGUGGAAUGCCAAUAGUUGUACUGUCCAGGUGUUGCAACACAAGCAUGCUUUUAAUGUGAAGCAUAUAACUGCAAUGUAGCUGCAAAUAAAGUGUACUUAAAUCGUAUGUUAAAUGGACCAUACUGGAGAUUACUUGGUGAAAUAAGACUUUCCAAUAGUUUAACAGCCAGUUGACAUUCCUUUAUGUUAUGUCAUUAGCACACUAAAAACAGAGCCAGGCGUUUCUAUUGUUGUCCGUAAAUCCAAAUUAAAUUUUUUGUUUCAGUCGUCCUGUAAAAAAGGAUCAGUGACGCACAGUGAGGACACAAAUAAGCCUUUAGACAAGAUGCAUUCCAAACCCAGUUUCAUAGUGCUCUUUUCCUUUUUUCCAUUUGUGCGGUAUUGUGCAAACUAUUGUGAGUAACUGAGAGCAAGGAAGGAUCAGUUGCGUCCUUCAAAUUGUCCCACACUGGCUGCAUUUCUUGGCUGUAUAAAGUAUAAAGGAACAGCUUUCUAUGAUGUAGCAGCCAGUAAACCGAGCCAAAGUGAGCUCCAGCCUAGGCUUUGGAAUUGAGCUAAAGUCGUGCAUAUCAUUUCUUCGCUUGAACCUAAUGGUUAAGUGUACCCUUGCCUGGUUCACACUUUACUAAACUUUUUAAAGUUGUCAGGUUGUUGUGAUGUUCAGACUUUCACACUAUGGUCCCAAAUGAGUCUUACAAUGCUCAUUGCUAUCUUACAACCCGCCCACAUUUACACCUUACGCCUGUGUCGUUUAAAUAGCAAUUGUGCUUCUGAGUAUAUGUACGCAGAUGGGUGUAUUUAUAUCAAUUCAUGUAAUCAGAAAAUACAGAUGCACCGGUGACUGAAAUUAACCUAGAAAGACGUCAACCGCAAGUCGUUCAUUGCUAACUUUGCAAGGAAUUUUCAAUUUUCAAAGGCGUGUCCCGACAUGCAUACACCCCCAUUAGUUACGCACGCAUGGACGCAUAGAAGUGCACAAUCCCAUAGCAUGUGCCGGUAUUAAUAAAAAAUGCCCUUAAGUUGAAUUCCCACCUCUAGCCCUCCAAGCAAACCUUAACCUAAAAAGUGCUAUCAUCAGUGAGGGUGGAGGCAGCAAUAUUCUCUACUGACGUGAGAUCAUUUGCUGUUGAAAUAGCAGUCCUCCAAUGUAAGCCCGCAUCUGGCACUUAAAGGGAAUGGCAAGUGAAACGCUAAUUGGUUUUGCCCAUUGCGUGUUGUACUUUUCCAGACAUUAUUCGGUGCCCAGUUGACGGCUCGCCUAUAGAUCGCUAAAAAAGGGGCCUAUCACAUAUUACAUGAUUUUUAUUUAUCUUGGGAAAUCACUGACUCAUUAAGCUGCUCCCCAAAAACAUGUUUUGUCACAAGAACACCCGAAAACUAAACACAGGAGAACUCUGCUAUUCAGAAGAUGUGGACCUGUGAUUUUCUCUUGACUCACAGUCACCAACUGGUCUAGAUAUUGAACCUGCUAGCAGUGUUAAUUUUGACAGGUGCUUUUGAUUUAGUUUUAGUCCUAGUCUUCUGACUAAAAUGUAAUAUUCUUUUAGUCACAUUUUAGUAUUUCAAUAUUAUUAGUUUUGGUCAAGUUUUAGUCUACGAAAACAAACAACAUUUUAGUCCAGUUUUAGUCUAACUUUUAGUCGAAUAACAAGUAUGUAUUACGUAUUUUUAUUGUCUGACUAUUUUUCGAUUUGGGUUGUUAUUUUAAGAUCAAUUUCUGCUAAAGCAAGUGACCUGUAAUGGAGGUGGGACGAAUACAGUCAAGUUUCUGAAAUUAUACACUUCUACUGCAGUACAGAUUUACACUAACAUUACUGGCUUUCAGUAGACUAGACUUACAUUACUUAACAAGUGUAUUUAAAACUCAUCUAGUUCAGUAACAUCAAUGUUUAGCUCUAUUUAUAUGCAGCUACACAGAUUUAUAUGUAAUCUUCUGUACUUAGUAAAAUUCCCAGCACAACAAACUAGCUGUUAAAAACUAAAAACAAAACAGAGAAAGACGAGAACUCUGCUUUAGAAUUUUCUAAUAGAAAAAGUAAGGGUUAGGAAAAAGACAGGAAGUGCGUGUGUACUAAUCCGUUACUCUGUUGUGUUGGAGUUAAUGUUAAUUUACACAUAAAGAGGAUUAACACGGAUAACGUGCAUUAUCCAUUAGUUUAAUAGUAUGUAAAAUUCAGUGAAGGUUGUAUGAAUUGUGUCUCGAAGAAGAGGGGCGUUUGUGGCCAAUAUAACCGAAACACAGUUUCCUUUUAGACAUUAAACAACGCUUAAACUAAACCGGAGACAUAGCAAACUAAGCAAACUAAACUGAACUAGACACAUUAAUGAAGCCAUGUUAUGUUAGUUACCUGCCUCCAGAAAUGUGAAUGAAUUACCUUUCUAUAUAUCAUGGUGACAAGACUCAUGACUCAUUCAAAAUAUUUGUAACAUUUUUCUCAUAUUUUGAGUUUAGUUUUCAAUGGUAGUGCAGCUGAAUUCAUUCCAUAAAUCAUGUAUAUUUAGUAAGAGGGAGAGGAGAGGAGCUGCUGUGUGGAUCAGCUGUGUAUGUUCAGAGCGUGGGGCUCGGGAUAGCCGAUCAUAAGGAUGCUGUGUGGGGCGGCUGAGUUCUGAUCACUGCUUAAUAAUAUAAUUUAUUACAAAUAUUUUCCCCUUUUGUUAGCCUUUAACAUUUUCUUUUAGUUUUAUUGAAAAAUUAGUUAAUGAAAAAUGUAUUAAAUUUCGUCAUAGUUUUUGUUUUCAAUAAUUAAUUUAAUUUUUUUUUUUUUUAAAUAGGUCGUCAACGAAACAUUUUCCUCAUAGUUUUCCUUAACAAAAUCCACACUGCCUGCUAGAUGUUUGCUUGGUGUCUGUGACUAGAGAGCGUCUUUUAGCAGUUACACCACUAAGCCAGACCUGAGUAAUCGCCAGUUUGCUUCCAUGCAUAGGUUUUGGUCAGCAACCAAAAUUUGCAGCUGCAACCCUGCCUAAAAUCUCGUAGUGUGAACUCGGCAAGUGUGAGGAAACUAUGAACAUUUUCACAUACAGUAUAUAUUAACAUAUUUUGUUAGCACAAUUAAUUAAUUAAAACCAUUUUAUGCAGAUAAAUAAUUAUUUUGUUCUUCAAAGCCUGGCUUGAAACAGUGCCCCCCCCCCCCCCCCCCCCAAAGAUGCUUGUAAUUUGUUAUAUGAUUGUCAUUAAUUCAAGAAGGCACACAACCAAGUAUUAGAAAAGAAUUAGAAAUCAUGCAUGCAGUUAAUUUUUUUUGGUCUGUUGAGCUUACACAUUUUGCAACAUUGUUUUUGUAGUACAGGUACAUUCUGGUAAGUCUACAAACAAAUAAUAUUAAUUUGAGAUGCUUUGCAAUAUAUUUUAAUAUGAUAUAAAAAUUGGAAUCACUGUUUAAAAGUGUGAAAAUAAUGAAAACCUAUGUGGUUGUGAAUAUUGAAUUAUAAAAAAAAGCUGUAGAUGAUUCUGAAAGCUGUUAAAUAAUUAAAUAAUCUAUAAUUCACUGUAUACAACAAAUUAUAGUGAUUAUACAAGUGAUUACAAAAGUUCUUAAUAGAUAAUUACAGUGUAUAUUUAUACAUUGCUGCAUUGCUAAAAACAAAGAAGUACCUGAAUAACUGAUUUUUUCACUUUUCCACAUUUGACACAAUUUAAAUCUAGUAGUGGUAGUGGUUCUUUAUAUUCUGUCAAUAGUUCAUAAUUGUCCUUUGAAAAAAAAAAAAAGUACUUCCACUGAACGUUAAGACUGUUUUUCCUCUUUUGUUUUUUAUGACAGCAAUUAAACAGACAAUAUCCUUUGGUGUCCCAUUUUAGUAUAUAAAUAUGUUUUGUUCUUUUUCCAGUUAUUAAUUGACAUAAAAUAAUAAAUAGGAUUAUAUUAUUAUAUUAUAUAAAAAUGAUGACCAGUGAUUCUAAAUGCUUGACAUGAGCCUCAUCUCAGUAUGGUUUAAUGCUACUGCUAUGCAAAGUGUGAUGCUGCAAAAAAAAAGCAAUAUACUGUAUAUUUAGGUUAGAUUAACAAGAGUUAGGAAUGUGAGUGUUGUAUUGAUUUAUGAAUGCCCUUAAUGUGUUAAUAUUUUUUUAUGAUGUAUAUGAUAUAUAUGUAUAUAUAUCAGUGGGGCUAUAUGGCCAGUACGAAAAUGAUGUGCUAGAACUGUUUCUAUCCGUCUUUAUUGCAGUGCCUUGAGAAGAUGCGCUUUCUCCUUCAUGACUCUGUGUUGUUAUCUGGGCUAACAUUGGCUGUGGUACUGUAAACCUGCUUAAAGCAAUUUGGUCACAUCCCAGUUUGUGCUAUAGAUGAAUUCAUUAUGAAACAGAAAAAGUAAAAAUAAUAAUAAUAUUGGAAGUCAUGAUACCCAACGCAGUUUUGUGGUAGGCUCCUCUUGCAUCGUUAGUUUGCUGAACAUCAGCAACAUCAUGCUUUAAUGUGUUACAAAAGGGCAAGCAAUUAUUCCUUCAGAUUUGUGUUAUCUCUUAAAUAAAUGCACGGAAGUAGUUUAUUGUUGGACAGUACAGCUAGUGGCAUUUCACCGGUUACUACAGUUUGCACUCAGGAUGCUCAUCCUUUAUUUUCUCUUUACUCGUCACAUUAUCUCUUCUUGCUUCUUUAUUUAUCUUAGUCUUCAUUUCCUGCCAUCUUUUAUUUCAUUCCUUUUUAUUUUCUGCCUGCAUGCUUGCUGAGGCUCAUCAUGUCCUCGGUUAACAGUUGUGAUGGUUAUGAUGGUUAAUUUUUUCUGAUUUCUAUUAAAUAAACUGUGGGUCACACGUUA